UUCACCUUACUAAUAUAUAUUUCUUCUUAAUGUUUGGGUUCAGCAACAGAUUUUUCCUUCUUCAGCCUAUAAGAAUGGGAGAAGAAUCCCCCGAUCCACCAUUUCAAGAAAAAUAUAAAAACCUCUUGGACAGUUUGACUGAAGUAGAAUUAGCAAAGAGUUCUGAGGAGCUUUUAGUUGAUGAAUGCGAACUCCCACUGAUUGAUCUCAACAUGUUAAACCUCGGAGAUUCCGAGAGAGAAGCAUGCAAGAGACAGAUAGCUAAAGCAUCCCGAGAAUGGGGCUUUUUCCAAGUCGUAAACCACGGAAUUUCCAGCCAAGUAUUGGAGAAAAUGAGAACAGAACAAAUGAAGGCUUUUAAGAAGCCGUUUAAUGAGAAGACAAAUGGCAAUGAUCCCAAGUUCUCGAUGGGGAGUUAUACUUGGGGGACGCCAUCACCGAAUUACCUGAGGCAGCUGUCUUGGUCGGAAGCUUAUCAUGUGUCUUUGAGUGAUAUAUUGGGUUCUGGUGGCCUCUGCACACUCAGAUCAACAAUGGAACAAUUUGCGGCAAAAGUGUCUGAGCUAGCACAAAAGUUGGCAGAAAUUUUAGUGGAGAAAUUGGGUCAAAAUUACUCAACAUUCUUCAAAGAAACGUGUUUGCAAAGCACUUGUUUUAUUCGAAUGAACAGAUAUCCAACAUGCCCAAUUUCAACUCAAAUGUUUGGCCUAAUGCCACACACUGAUAGCGAUUUCCUCACAAUAUUGCACCAAGAUCACAUUGGAGGCUUGCAAUUAGUCAAAGAUGGGAAAUGGAUUGCUGUUAAACCCAAUCCACAGGCUCUCAUUAUCAACAUCGGAGAUUUAUUUCAGGUUUGGAGCAACAAUGUAUAUAAAAGCGUUCACCACCGGGUUGUGGCUAAUAAGCUACAGGAGAGGUUCUCGACUGCAUACUUCCUGUGUCCAUCUUAUGACACUGUUAUACAGAGCUGUGUUGAACCUUCGGCUUAUAGAAAAUUUAGCUUCAGAGAAUACAGACAAGAAGUGCAAAACGAUGUCAAAUGUUUUGGCUAUAAAGUGGGACUUGCAAGGUUCCUUUUGUGAAAUAAUUAGAUCCUCGUUUGUAGAAUACAGAUGUACACUUUUUUCAAUGGAAGAAUUUAUUGGAUCAUAAGUAUUUCACAUCAAAUUAGUGCACCAUAUCCUAUGUAAAAGGUAGAGACAUCUUGUGUUCUUUGUCUCAGUGUUAUCUGCUGUUGUCCUGUUCAAAUAUUAUACUAGCAAAAAAAUUAGUUAGGCGGAAAAAAGUAAAAUCUGCCAAAUUUGAAGCCCAUGCCAAUGGAAGGUCGGUGUAACUCUGUUUGUAGCGAAAGCAGCCAAAUAUUAUAACCAUCUCUUAAUGAAGCCCUCUAAGAAGUAAAAGUGGGGGACUGGGAGUAGUGGUGAGCGUGGAUUGGGUUGGGUCGGUUUUUGUCCCAACCCAACACAAUCGGUUUGAUCUAAAAUCAAACCAACCCAACCCAAGUAAAUGUUGAAACCCAACCCAACCCAAUCAAGUGUCAGUUGGGUUGGACAAAUUUUAAGUUAUUACCAUAUAAUCAAACAAAAAGAAGAGCGAACAAAAAACUAAAAACUGUAAAAUGUAUAAAACAUUUCUUUUAGGAUUUAGCAAUAUUAAGUAUUAGUUGAAAAGAAACACAAAAGGCAGGAAAAUUGAAAAAUGGAGAAGUAGACAUUAAAUUAGAAAAAAACAAAAAAGGAAGGUUUAUUAACUUGAUAUUCUUUGAGUGGUCGAGUGCAUGGUGCCUUGCAUUGCUCUUCAAAAGUUCCUGUUUCGGAUCUACAGGCUCAUCGACAGACCUAGAUUAACAAAACAAGUUUGCACAACACACAACAAUACUUAUUAAAUUGAUGCCAAACCAAAAAGUAAGAUAGAUGGUUUUGCUGGUAGCCAAAAUUUUAUUUUUUUUCGAAUUUAACUUCUUAAUUAUUAUUUAUCUCAAAUCUUUAAUAGUUUUUGGCAAUAACAAGCAAAUUAUGCUUCACAAGCUUAUUUGAAAUGUGAGAAAUCGAUUUAUUCAGAAGUUAGAUUAAGACUCUAUAUAGAAUCUUAACAUUUAUUUUUUCUUCAACAUUUAUGUCCAUAAUUCAUAUAAUCAUUCUACAAGAUACUUUUGUAAAUUAGUACAAAACUUAAUUAUCCUAAGAGAUAGAGAUUACGGGAAGACCUAAUUGAAAUAUUGAGUUAUAUAUUGUGAUUUCAGAAAUUCAAUAUAAAAAUUUGUCUAUUAGAAAUUAUAAUGGGAUUCUUGUUAUAAUUUUAUGAAACUUUAAAUCUUGAAAAUAGCGAUUUUACGUUUAGGCAAUUUAUUUCUCUUUUCCUUUCUUUUCUUUUUUUCUUUUAAAAUAGGCGGGUUGGGUCGGUUUUUAUGAGUUAACCCACAACCCAACCCAACCCAACCCACCUACACAAUCAAAAAACCGAAACCCACUUAAAAA